AAAGGUGGUCCCUCUUCCAACAAUAUUAAGGCAUCAUGUUCGACACCAGCUGGUCGUAUUCAGGCCACGCAGUCAGCGACAAUCUUCUUUCGGUUCCAGUUUCCUUCAUUCCUGCACAGCCUCAAGCUCAUACCAUACAUCUUGUCCAGACUGGCUAUUGCCAAAGUACCUGGGUUUGCACUGAGAUCGCACCAAUCAUUCGCACUUGGCUUUGGACCGAUAUCUAGCUUGGACUCGGCAAAAACUACCGAACUUUGAACACGAUAUCUCGGAGACGAUUUCCGCGGUCAUCAUGUCAGGAACAGUGGCAUCUUGCAGUUCGGGACCCAUGUUGGUGAAGGACAAUACUGUUCAUCCCAGCAUUCCGCCUAUGAGUCCUGGGGAAAGAAUCGUUCGAUCCUACCGACGCUCACGUUCCGGUUGUUAUAUUUGUCGCCUGCGGCGCAAGAAGUGUGAUGAGAACCGUCCAAGAUGCUCGACAUGCAGCAAGCUCGAUAUUACCUGCGAAUACAAUGAACCGACCUGGUGGAGAAAUCUCGAACAACGACACAUACAUAAGGAGCGGAUUAAGAGGAGACUCAGGGUUGCCAAGGUCAUGGAAAAGGAAAAGAACCUGCAAGCAAUAGAAUUUAUCGAUCGCACUCUUCCUUCGAGCAAGAGGCGCGUCAAUGUCAACUUGCCCCCGUCGCGCGAAAGCUCAUACGAAUCGGAUGCGGCGUAUAUGCAGACUCCACCCCUGCCAUCAAUGUCUUCUCCCUUUGGCUUCGACUUCAAUGGCAUCUCAUCCUGGCAAGGCCCAACUACGUCUACCUUAACCAGCCUUGGUCCUGAGCAAAUGCCGAUGCAGCAUCCCCCGCUUUCUGCGCUCCCACAACAAUUGCCCACGACGCAAAACUUUCACCAGAUGUCCCAGUUUGCGCCAAUGCUGCCUCCGUUUCAGCAAACAAUGCAAAGUGUGCCGCAGCAGUUACAUCAACAGAUUCCUCUGGAUAUUACUCCGCAUUAUCCCCAGACAGAAGUGCCUCAGCAGAUACUCCAACAAUUGCCCUUGUCACAGCAACCAGAACCACUCUCCCAGAGCACCGAUCAGCAGUACUCUCAACAGCUGCACCAAACCGUUGUUCCAGAUAUAUCUCAGUUGCUUUCUCCGACUUUCUCUGAACAUUUUGCGUCUCAGGCUUCACAAUACUAUACCCAGCCACCGGUCGCUCAGCAGCCUCAACAGUCAAUCCAUCAAGCUUCUAGCUCAUACUCCGCCUUCCCGAUUGACCCACUACUUCAAGGAAAUACUGGAGAUUCCCGCGCAUCUACCGACACUACCUUUCCGAGCGUUGCGCUGUUUCAAGGAAACAUCCCAGCCUCCCAGACCCCUGCCCGCGCAAAAGCCACACAUCCACAGCAUGCCGAGAUACCUCUGUCUGCCUACUUCCGAACGACAAGUGUCAACGAAGCUGAAAGGCCCCUACUCUACCAUUUUGUCGACAAUGUGCUGCCACUAAUUUUCCCCAUUUUAGACGUUCAUCCGCGGAGUCGUGCCCGCACACGUGAGAUUAUUCGGGCCCUAGAGACGAACAAAUCUUACUAUCACUGCUGUCUUAGCGUAUCGGCUAUUCACGUCAAGACAGUGAACGCCAGUAUUAGCUUGAAAGCUGACGAUAAAGUCAUUGAUGAUAUCAUGCGGCAUCGGUAUGCUGCCGUCUCAGCCCUGCACCAGGCUUUGAAAUCCAGCAAUCAUCAUGACAAGGUGCUGGACGGAACACUUGCAACGAUACUCUUCCACUGCGCUGUUGGCGAACCAGACGAUUACCUGCCGGAGAUCCCGUGGUACGAACACUUUUCGGCGGCCGCAGACCUCGUCAAUAAGCUUGGAUUGAUCGAGACGGAACCCCAGGUCUCUCUACCGUUCAAUAUGUCGCUUACUACCUGGAUUGAUGUUCUCGGCGCCACAAUGAUAGGCAAGUCACCCAAGUUUGCGCACACGUAUCGCUCAAAACAUCUCAAUGGUGUAUCGUCUGGUUUGCGGGAGCUGAUGGGCUGUGACGAUCGCGUUAUGUACCUGAUUUCAGAGAUUGCGUGUCUCGACUCCUUGAAGCGUGAGCGACGGCUUGACGAGUAUUCUAUAUGCCAUCACGUCUCUGCCCUGAGUGGACAGCUAGAGUAUGCGGAAGGCAGUAGCCCGGAAAACCCGAUCUCAGCGUCUGGUGUUGUGAAUCCAGAGAAGCUGACCAAGAACGUGACUGCUGUUUUCCGCGCUGCAGCUCGAGUUUAUCUUUCCACCCUUGUGCCUGGCUAUGAGCGCACUCAACAGAGUACAGCCAACUUGGUGCAAGCAGUCGCCGAUCUCCUUCAGUUCAUUCCCGAUGGCCCUUGGGGGUUCGACCGCUCGAUCGUCUGGCCUCUACUGAUAGCUGGGGUAUACUCGACUCCAGGGAGUAAGUUCCGCGAUAUACUGGCGAAGCGAUCGGAACUACUAGGAGAAGGAGCAGAAUAUGGCAGCUUUGGCCGCAUGUACCGCGUACUGAAAGAGACCUGGAGACUUUCGGACGACACCACGACACAGAUCCACACGGAGGCGAACUACCUGCUGCCUUCGAUGAAUCUCAAGCAGGGUCCAGAUGGAUCUUCAGUUCCACCACCCGCGAUCGAAACAAUCGGUCGACCCAUAAAAAAGCAGGCCGUCCACUGGCGAGACGUGAUGAAACGCCGAAAUUGGCACUACCUGCUAUUAUAG